GGGAGGAGGUGGAGACUGGGCGGUGCCCAGGAGGCGCCCCGGCGAGGCGCGGGUGCGCGGGUGCGCGCCAGAGGUCCGGCUGUAGGCCCGUGCUGAGGGCCGGCACCUUCAUCAUGGCCUGGGCUGACCUGGACUACACCAUCGAGAUCCCGGAUCAGCCCUGCUGGAGCCAGAAGAACAACGCCAGACAAGGUGGGAAGGAGGCAGGGCCGCGACUGCCUGUGGUGAUUCUCUUGGGCUGGGGUGGCUGCAGGGACAAGAACCUUGCCAAGUACAGCGCCAUCUACCAUGAAAGGGGCUGCAUCGUGAUCCGAUACACAGCCCCAUGGCACAUGGUCUUCUUCUCAGAGUCCCUGGGCAUCCCUUCACUUCGUUUGUUGGCCCAGAAGCUGCUUGAGCUACUCUUUGAUUAUGAGAUUGAGAGGGAGCCCCUGCUCUUCCACGUCUUCAGCAAUGCUGGCGUCAUGCUUUACCGCUACGUGUUGGAGCUCCUGCAAACCCAUCGGCGCUUCUGCCACCUGCGUGUGGUGGGCACCAUUUUUGACAGUGGUCCUGGUGAUAACAACUUGGUAGGGGCCCUGCGGGCCCUGGCAGUAAUCCUAGAACAUCAGCAUGCUUUGAUGCGCCUAUUGCUCCUGGUGGCUUUCACCCUGGUGGCAGUCCUGUUCCAUAUCCUGCUUGCUCCACUCACUGGCCUCUUCCACACCCGCUUCUAUGAUAAGCUACGGAAUGCAGAAUCCCACUGGCCUGAGCUCUACCUUUACUCGAAGGCAGAUGAGAUUGUCCUGGCCAGGGAUGUGGAACGCAUGGUGGAGGCACGCCUGGCCCACCGGGUCCUGGUACGCUCUGUGGACUUUGUGUCAUCUGCACAUGUCAGCCACCUACGAGACUACCCUACUUACUACACAAGCCUUUGUGUUGACUUCAUGCGCAGUUGUGUCCAGUACUCAGGUCCUACUCCAGAAAUAAAUGCCUGACCUCCCACAACCUAUGUCUGUCCUGGGGACUUCUAGUGGUCCUAGCGGGCAGGAAUGCCUGGGUAGGUUUCUGUGGAACCUUGUAGUUGAUUAUUCAAACAAGUGCACCAGUCAGGCAGCUGAUUCCUGUGGCAUUCAGCCUGUAAAGGGUUAAAAAAGCAGGGGAGGAGGGGAUUGAGGAUGAACCUCAGAGUUGAUUUAAAAAAAAAAAAGUUGUGAGGCUGGGGAAUGGCUCAAGUGGUAGCGUGCUCGCCUAGCAUGCGUGAGGCACUGGGAUCGAUUCUCAACACCACAUAAAAAUAAAAUAAAUAUAUUGUGUCCACCUAAAACUAAAAAAUAAAUAUUUUUAAAAAAUUGUGAUAAGAACCCUUAACAUGGGAUCUACUCUCUUAACAUAAAGUUCCAAGUAUAUGUAAUACACUUAUUAAAUAACACCUAUUGUUAACUAUAGGUGCAGUAUUAUAUAGAUCUCUAGAACUUAAUCACCUUGCACAAUGGAAACUUUAUACUUGUUGCCAGAGUUGAGUUGAUUUUCUGACUGGAAGGUGAGCUUUAUUGGGGAGGUGCCAGAGGGUAGGGUCAGACUAUGAAGGGGGCCCCUUUGAUCUCUGCUCCAGAAGGGCAAAGUCCCACAACAUAAAGCAUGAAUCCCACUUGCCCAUUCAUUCAGAGAAGCUUCUCUGACCUCAUAGCCCAGGAGUCUGAGGUAGAUGCCGGAUUAGCUGAGGAUGCAGGGGUUUGUGCUGCCCAGCUCCUCCACAUUUUGCUAGGAAGCCACUGUGUCUGGGAAAGUUGAGCUGUCUGUAAGGGGCAGCUGGAGUGGGAAGCAGUGAGACAGCAGUGCUACAGUAGGAGCUGUGGCAAGUUAACUCUGGAGUCCUAAAAACCAGAACCAGGGUAAAGGGAGUUUUGGCUGAAAUGAUACCAUCUCCUUGAAAGGAGACUCAUUUGAUACUCCUUUCAAGGAGAUGGUAUCAUUGCAGCCUGCAAGGUAAAGUGCCUUCAGCCUUACAAUUCUGUUCCAUCUAUCAUUCUGAGAGCCACUGCUACACAGUGCUGGCAUAUAGGUAUUCAAUAAAUAUUAGUUGAAUGAA